AGGGAUUUUGCAUAUGUUGCCAGAGACAAGGAUACAAGGAUUUUAAAAUGCCACGUGUUCCGAUGUGACACACCAGCAAAAGCCAUUGCAACCAGUCUUCACGAAAUUUGUUCUAAGAUUAUGGCAGAAAGGAAAAAUGCCAAAGCUACGGCUUGCAGUUCCUCGCAGGAAAGACCACAUGCUAGCCUGGAUGUACCACUGCAAGUAGAAUUCCCAACACCAAAGACAGAACUUGUACAGAAGUUUCAUCUGCUGUAUAUUGGAAUGCUGCCAUGCACUAAACCAACAGGUAUGGAUAUUAUUAAUGAAGUCAUUGAAGGGCUUAUCGAACAAUCAGACAAAGAAAAUUGGGUUCCAGUUAUUAUGAAUGUAGCUGAUGCUACUGUAACAGUUAUUAAAGAAAAGGAAGAAGAGGUCUUGGUGGAAUGCAGGGUUCGCUUUCUGUCAUUCAUGGGAGUUGGCAGAGAUAUUCACACUUUCGCUUUUAUUAUGGACACUGGAAAUCAGCACUUUGAGACUCAUGUCUUCUGGUGUGACCCUAAUGCAGGAAGUGUUUCCGAAGCUGUACAAGCAGCCUGCAUGUUGCGGUAUCAGAAGUGCCUGGUUGCCAGGCCUCCAUCCCUGAAGGCUCAGCCUCCACCACCUCCUGCAGACUCAGUGACACGAAGAGUCACAACUAGUGUAAAACGGGGCGUUCAGUCCCUGAUUGACACUUUGAAACAGAAACGCCCAGUGGCUGACAUGCCAUAG